AUGAUUACCAAUCUUUCGUUUUUUUUGGAAGAGGGUCAGGUUACUGGACAGCGAGGUUCAUUGGUCAAAGUUCUCAACUGCAAUUUUACCGGCAAAGAUAAGGACAGGCCUAUUGUUGGAAGUUUUGCUGGAUUUAAUGCAGAAAGUUGUAAUUUUUCAAACGGCAACAAUUAUGGGUUAGAAUGUGUCGGACCUGGUAAAACGGUUGUCGUCGACUGUUCGUUUUAUAACAAUGGGAUAUCUGGUUUAGGAGUUAGCAGAGGUGGAAGUUUGUUUGUGAAAAACAGUCGCAUGUAUAACAAUCGUGUGCAUGGGUGCCAAAUUGGAACCGAAGCAUCAAAGUGUGUCGUAGUUAAUUGUGAUAUACACCACAAUGACCAAGAAGGGAUUUGUGUCGGGAACUCAAAAAAUGUUUCGAUAAUACGUAAUAACGUCUUUGCCAAUAACAUGUGUGGAUUAUUUAUAGAAAGUGCUGAGGCGGAUAUCAGAGAGAACAAUAUUUUUGACAACGAUUUGUGGGGAAUUUGGUCCCUUAAAAAUUCUUGGUGCAAUAUAUGGAUGAAUAGAAUUUUUCGCAACAAAGCUGGUGGAGUACGUGUGGGAUAUCGAGCUGCAGGGGAAGAGUUUUCUCCAUCUGUCGUCGAACUAAAUAAAAUGCAUGACAAUAUUGGUCCUGGGUUUGUGGACAGUACUAUUGCAACAAAACUGGAAUUAGUAAAAGGUUUGCAGGACACAAAUGACGCUGACGAUUAUAUGAACUCCUAUUUGAAGUCUCCCAAUUCACAUCAAUCCGCAAAAUGCCAGGAUAACGAAGUGUACAAUAACAAAGAAAGUGAAAACGUGAGUAAAUUGAAUUUUUCCGUUCCAUAUUGCUCAAAUUGUCGAAAGAAGUGCGAACCGAACAAGUGUGGAAAGUGCUUUACUACCAGCCUCGUCCCUGGCGCUUUGAUGUGUCCUCCCGCGCGCGCGCCACGCAACAUCAAAGCGCCGGGGACGAGGCUGCUUUACUGCUGUGUAUUGCAAUAGAACUUGUCUAGAAGUCCAUUCGUCGAAGCAUAAGAAAAUAGGUUUUACUUGAAAAAGUGAGUUUUGUCGUCACUUCUAUAGAAAGAUCUGGAUAUGAUGGUAUGAUUAAACGUCACGCUGAAGGUCUAGAAGAAAUUGGUCCACAGUUCAGUCCACCACCGCCACGAGAUGGCAGGAGGUUUGUUGUAAAAGUGCAGUCUUUGCGGUUUGGUAAGGAGCCGCACUGUCUUCUUCUGUACGAUCGCAGUCUUGAACUUUACGAGGAAAUCCAGUCGAAAGUUAUUGCUAAACUCGUGCAAGAAUUUG